UGGGGCCGCCCUGGCUUCAGUGACUUUCUUUCUUUUUUAAGAAAAAAAAGAACCGACCGAUAAGAAAAAAAAGAACCGACCGAGCAGCAGGAGGGGUGGGAUGCAGAACUGAACAGGACAUACUGAAGGGGAAAAUAGAGGGAACGCUAAUGCUACAAAAUAUGGAGUCUUGCCCGAUGUACAUGUGUGUGUUUUACAAUACAUUGAUGUAGCCUGCCAAUAUUUUAUAUUUAUUUGAACUAUUUUUUGUGUGUGUGACAUCUGCAAUGACGAGGGUCGGGGUUUUGAGCAGGACCGCAGCGAUUGUGCUCUGUCUUUUGGGAUGCAAUGUGUGGAAAGCGGUAACCAAAACCCUGCAAGAUGACAACGCUCUAAAAGAGGUGACUCUGAAGGUUCACCUGAGUGAUGCCAGCACCCACCAGCCCCUGGGCGGAGCCACCAUCGAGCUCUUCGCCAACCACACCCCUGUAACCACAGAGACCUCAGCUGCCGACGGCAAUGCCUACCUGCGUUUUCCCUACCGCCUUGGAACCCUGCUGGUUGUCACAGCAACCAGACAGGGCUACGUGCCAAAUUCCGCCCCCUGGAGACCCACCAGACUGCCCGUGUUUUCCUCUCUCAGUCUGGAGCUGCUACCAGAGAGAGCUGCCACUCUGAUGGUGUAUGAAGACCUGAUACACAUUAACUCUGGAUCCCAAGGAUCGAGGGGUCAGUCCUGGGUUCAGUUCCAGCGUCGAGCCCUGAGCCUCCCUCCCAACUCGUCCUACAGCAAUCUCACUGCCCUGCUGACUGUGGCCAAUAACCCCAGCCACAUCCAGCACUUCCCCUACCUACAGGGCCUGGGGGGCAACGGAACAGGAAGUGAGCGUAGGUUUGAGCUGACUCCAGUGGCGGCCAUCUCUGUCCACCUAUUUGCCAGUGAGGGGGUGGAGCUCCAGGUGAACUGCCCAAUCAGCAUCUCCAUCUCUCUACCGGCCAAUUGCGGCCUGAAGGAGAACCAACACAUCCCAGCCUGGAGGUUCGACCCCAGUCUAGGGGCCUGGUUGAAGAGCAGUCUGGGCUUUGUCCAGAGGGAGGGAGACCAGCUCAGCCUAACCUACAUCGCCCCUCAGCUGGGAUACUGGGUGGCUGCCAUGUCCCCACUAGACACAGGUCCGGUGGUGGCAAAGGACAUCAGUACGUACCACACAGUCUUCCUAUUGGCCAUACUGGGAGGCAUGGCUGUCAUCCUCCUCUGCCUGCUCUGUCUACUACUGUACUACUGCAGGCGUGGUUGUGUGAAGCCUCGUCUGUCCCAGCGGAAGCUGACUCUGUCGUCUGGUCUGGAGGGCAGUAAGAGAGACCAGUCCACCUCCAUGUCCCACCUCAUCAGCAGCGAGGUUCAUUUGGAGCUGGUCUCUACGACAGCAGAACCCGACAUGACCACGCCCAUGCUCAAACCCUCCUCCUACGAUCGCCAUGACCUGGUCUCCCAUGGCAACCACAGUCUCAUGUCUCUAGGAAACCACAGCCGAAGUCGUCAUGGCUCGUCGCUAGGCAACCUGACGCCGCGCAGCAGAGAUUACCGUCAGUCUGUGGAGACGUUCCCGUUUAAGUCCGCCCUCUCUGCCGGGACGGAUGCCGGCUACCGCCAAUCAUACACCUCCAUCUGCUCAUCCAUCAAUCAGCUCCCAGAUAGACUUUCCUCCUCAAAUCAGGUGCAGGCGUCAGCAAGUCAAUUGAGUGGUGUUGGGGAGGGCGGGACUAGUGUGCGUGAGGCUACCUCGCCCUGCUCCCCACCUGUCUCUCCUAUCAGAGGGGAGGGGUGUGAGCGCAGACCCCCAGACUACCUCCUGUCCCGGUCUGUGGACCACCUGGGCUCCCUGCCCCUCUCCCUCCCCAGGCCGGGCCAGCUGCUGUGCUGUGGCUCCGUGGACCUGCUGAGUGGAGGAGACGGUUACCCCAGGAGGAUCCGGCCCACCCUGGUGAUCCCAGCCCACUACAUGCGCCUGCCGGGGGAGCACCCGCUGUGUGGCCAGGCCCUGUUCUUACAGACUGACCAGCAGAGUGACCUGGAGACCAUCCAGGCUGAGCUCAACGCCUCACACUCCCAGCAGCCCCUGGGGCAAACACACGCCGAUUAUGCUAUCGCCUCAGCCAACCAGGGACAAGGAGAGGGGCAAGGGGAGUGGAGCAGCCUAUCAGAGUCCCUGUCUAUCCCGACAGCACUUGGGGAGUCAGGGAUUAUGCAAAUGAACGGCGAGGACACGCUAUUGGCUGAGAGGAAACUGAUGGAACUGCGGGGAGGGAAGCCCCUCACACACCCGCGCGCCUGGUUCGUCUCAUUGGACGGUCGGUCUAACGCCAUCAGACACUCUUACAUAGACUUGCAGCGGGCUGGGCAAGCCAAGGGGAAUCCAGGUGGAGGAGGUAGCCAUGGUAACAACAGUGGUGGUAGACAUGUCAACGGAAACGACGCAAGUCUGGACUCCGGGGUGGACCUGAACGAGCCCAGAGCAGGGCGGAGGGAGGUAGAGAGGAAGGUAGGAGAGAGGGAAAGAGAGAAAGACAGAGAGAGGGGGAGGACAAAGAGCGGCCCUCCUGCCAUGGCCUACACCCAGCUGGUAUAUGUGGAUGACCUGGAGGGGGAGACUCCUGAGUGUAGCCCCCAGGAUAGCCCUUUGGGUCCAGGGAUGCAGAACACACAGGGACAUCAACAAGUAGAGCAGGAGGACAGAGGAGAGGAAGAGGAACACAGAGGAGAGGGGAUGAUACAGGAAGAGGCUCCUUCACCCCUCUGCUCCUCCUCCUCUCCACCCCCACUCACAGAGACCGAGGGCGUGGUCUUCAGGACUGAGCAUGACCAACCGGCCCUAUUGUCUGUUGCCCCUGACGACCACGGAGAGGAGGAGGAGAAGAAGAGCCCCUGGCAGAAGAGGGAGGAGCGCCCCCUAUUGGCAGUCUUUAACCUCAAAUAACCUCUGACCCUUGAACUAUAACUUUACUUCCCCUCCCACCACCCCACCCCAGAGUGACAUGAAGAAGGAUUGGCCAGCUAUAGAUCCAGAUCAUUCAGGAAGUACAUCUGCACUGGGAGCUAAAUGGAACUGUCAGUGAAUGGAAACGAUUGGAAGAGUUGGGACUCAAUACAUUCUAAUGUCUAAUCCUUCCUGUGUAUCAUCAUAGCCCCACACUACAUGGACAGGCCACUGACUAGACAUGCCAUAGAGACUUUGUCUGAGUGAUACAGAUGAACU